AUGUUGCUCAAGUUUUCUCGUCUCGCCGCCGUUCUCAUUGCUGGGGCCAAUUUGGUCACCGCACUGACCUGGCAUUCGGCCGACUUCUCCUCUCUCAUCAACCUUGAGAACUCAGGCAUCCGGUAUAAAGAUAACGGCGCAACUACGCCAUUAGAGACGAUCCUUCACAACCAUGGUGUCAACCUUGCGCGGAUUCGGAUCUGGACAAGCUCGAACAACACAUCAUAUAGUUUGAGCUACGGUCUUGCGUUGGCAAAAAGGGCUCGCGCGGCAGGCAUGUCGCUACUGGUUGACCUGCAUUAUAGCGAUACCUGGGCUGACCCCGCACAUCAGGCCAUUCCUUCUGGCUGGCCGACGACAGUCUCCGGGCUGAACACCCAAAUUUACACCUACACACUCAAUCUGGUCAACGCGUUCAACAACCAAGGCACUCCUAUCUCCCUCAUCCAAAUCGGCAACGAAAUAUCAGACGGCUUUCUUUGGCCGGUCGGGAGGCUUUCCACCAAUGGAUUUUCUCCCGCCUCUCAGAUGCUCCAUUCAGCAAUCAGUGCUGUUCGAACAGCUUCCCCCAGUACCCGCACGGUCAUCCAUCUCGCCAAUGGCUGGGACGCCUCGGCUACCAACUGGUUCUACAACUCUAUCUUCAUCUCAGGCCAACUAUCACUGGCCGAUGUCGAUAUUUUGGGAUUUUCGUUCUACCCCUUCUAUGGCACCAGCGCCACCUAUUCCAACCUCCAGUCCAAUCUCCAGGCACUGGUCAACAAAUUCGGCAAGGAUGUCAUGGUCGUUGAGACCGACUGGCCUGCCUCCUGCUCCUCUUCUGUCGCUCUCAGCCAGAACAUCGCUGUCUCCGCAGCUGGCCAACAGUCGUGGGUCCUUGGUAUCCGCAACGUUCUUUCCGCAAUCAGUGGCGGUCAUGGUAUCGGAAUUUCGUACUGGGAGCCAGCCUGGAUUGGAAAUGCCGGUCUGGGCUCAUCUUGCGCUGACAACCUCGUUGUCGAUGGCUCAGGAAACACGCGCUCAUCAGUCGCAAUGUUUUCAGCGAGCAUGUAA